GGGAGUCCCACAUCUUGCCUUGGGGGUCCAAGCCCAUCCCAGGGGUCCCGCAUCCUGCCUUGGGGGUCUGGGCCCAUUCCGGGGGUUCCACAUCCUGCCUUGGGGGUCCAAGCCCAUCCUGGGGGUCCCACAUCCUGCCUUGGGGUUCAAGCCCAUUCCGGGGUUCCACAUCUUGCCUUGGGGGUCCAAGGGGAGCUUUGAGAGUCUCAUCCCAUCACUGGGGGUCUGCAACUCGGCCUCAGGGGCCCCAGACGCUGCGUUGGGAGUCAUCGCCAGUUCGGAGGAGGCUCAAACUUUGCCUGGCAUGUCUGAGUCCGUGAUCUCAGGUCGUACACUGCUACGGGGGUUCAUGUUCAGUCGCAUGGGUCCCAUACUCUGCCUUGGGCACGUGAUGCUGACUUUGGCUUCUUCCCCAGCGCUGCUUGGGGGUCUGAAUUUGGCCUGGUGACGGCCGGGGGCCGGUGGGGAUUCUGAAGUCUGUGCUGCUAGCCCGGGUGUGUCCCUGGGGGUCCCAGGACCUGCUUGGGGAUCAGAAGCUGGCUGGCGAAUGUGGUGUGGGAAAUGAAUGCAGAGGCCAGUGGGCCCAGGAGGGUGAGAGGUGGUGGGCUGUUGGAAGGGAGGGCCCCUCCUGUUCAGACUGUUAUCAGUAUAUUCUCCAGGAGAAAUUCAGAAUGCGUGGUGUCGAAAGGGUCACAUGGAUCCCAGCUGUCACUAGGGGGUUCUUGUUUUCACAGAAGAGCAGGUUUAAUGGAAAUGUUCCUUUUUAAGUGUCUGCAGAAAGCCACGGCCUUUCCGAUAUUUCGAUGAUGGUGACGCUCGUCAUUCUAACAUGCACAACGAAGGAGGGGACACGUAGGAACACGUAGCCCGAAGAGGCAGGGGAGGCCUGGUUGCUGUGUCGGAACGGGGGUGGGGGGGAUUGAAAGGAACGUUUGAGGUGGUGUUACUGUACUGGCAGGAACUGUCCUGUGCAGCCCCCCGAGCCAGCGUGACCACGUUGGGCACGGUUGGAAUUGAGUUGAGCUGUCGUGCGUCUGUCUUAAAGAAAAUGGGCGAGCUUGGGAUCUCGACCCGGUGUCGCCAGUGACGCCGCCACGGGCCGUGAGUCCUGGGUGCCAUUUCCUUGCUGAUGGAAUCAGAGUGUGGAUUAGAACCUACAGUAACGAAGGCACAAGUGUGUGUGUGCUGAUGGCGUAUAUCGUUCCGGGGCCGGUCCCCCAGCCCUCCGCCCUGUCACACGGCUUCCGACCGCCAGCACCGGGCACGGGCAUCAGUGAGUCCGCGGAGAAAGCACGGGGCCUUGUGUCCCGGGGAGGGUGUCUCUGCGGGGCCUUGCUCUGAGAUCCUGGGGCGAAGCUGCUCUGCAGCGGGAGGCCGGCUGGAGAGCGCACAGGAGCUCGCUGUGGUCCUGUGACGCCCCCUGGCGUAAGAUUCGGGCAGGUCCCCUCCUCCCAGCCCUGCCUCCUGUAGACGGAGUGCAGUCUUACUUGGGGGAGCAGACCUACCGGAGCUCGCGUUUCCAGGGCUGCGCGGGGCGCCAGGUUCUUAGCCGCACUCAGACCUCUCCGCUUCCUCGGCUCCCGUCGCCGUCCGGGCCGCAUCGCCAACGCUGUCCCCUGGAGCCUGCCUGCCCGGCGGUUUCUGGGGGUGGCUUGGGGAGGGACGACGGUGAGGAUUAACACUUGAUAAUGAGCGAAAGGUCUGGCCAAGAGGAGGGGAACCUGAUGCCCGUGUGCGAUGGCGGUGGCCAGGACACUGUGUCGGACACUGGUGGUUUGUGGCAACGGAGGCUUGUGUCUGAGCACCCAGCUGAGGGCGUGACGACAGUCAGAGACCCUGGCCGAGACCUCUGUCCUGCAGCAGCGGUGCAGGAAGGACCCUCGGGGAUCCGGGAUGUCAGUGGGAUUGGAUUCCGACGGCGUGGGCGGGCCACACGCAGGAGGUACAGGAACGAGGCUGGCCAGUUCAUCUCCAUGGUGACCUUCUUUGAGGCACAGGGAGCAACCUCGGGGGCCCAGGAUGCCCGUGGGCAGGGCACCUGCCGGCGAGGGCGGCCCCCGCGGAAGUACCGCAAGAGGAAAGUGGCCAUCACCGCAGAGGUGACCCUGUUUGAGAUGGUUGCCCUGGGGAAGAACUCUGUGCAGACGGCCGUCGAGGAGUGGGUCCAGUCUUACAAGGAGGACAGGGAGCUGGCCCUGCUGGACCUCAUCAGCUUCUUCGUCCAGUGCUGUGGCUGUGAAGGGAUGGUGACGGCCGAGCUGUACCAGACCAACCAAGGCAACAGUGUGGUUCACAAGAUGACCGAGAAGUUUGACCAGGAGACCGGGCUGUACUACAAGAAGUUUCUGGCGUACCCCUGGAUCCUGACCAUCAUGUGGCCAGAGAAACUGCAAAACGACUUCUACCCCAUCGUGGGCCCGGGGCCCUUCUGGAAAAGGUUCAGGGUCAACUUCUGCGAGUUCACAGAGCUGCUGGUGCAGCAGACACACUCUUCGGUGCUGUGUGACGGACACCUCAUGGAUACGGUCAUCUGCAUGCUUAGCGGCCUCACCAACUCGGCUGUGCACAGCCUGCGGCACACCAGCUCCCUGGCAGCCAUGAAGCUGCUGACAGCGCUGGCCAGCGUGAACCAGGGCAUCUGCACGAACAGGCGCAGGUCCCAGCGGCUGUGCGAGGUGGAGAACAUCGCCAAACUCAAGGGCAAACACAAGUACUGCAUGGAAGUACUGGACCAGCGCAGACAGCAGAGCAAACCCGUGGCCAUCGACAACAUCAUCUGCGCGCUCUUUAAGAGGACGUUCGUGCCUCGCUACCGCGACAUCAGCUCGGACAUCCGAGUGAUCUGCGUGGCGGAGCUCGGAUGCUGGAUCAAGCUCUACCCGGACCUGUUCCUGGACAACAACUACUUGAAGUACAUCGGCUGGAUGCUGUAUGACAAGGACGCCAGCGUGCGGAUGAAGUGCAUCCUGGCGCUGAAGGCGCUCUACGAGAAGAGAGAGUCGGCUAUGAAGCUGGGCCUUUUCUUCCACAAGUUCAAGAAACGAAUCCUGUCGAUGACCCAGGACAGGCAGCCGGAGAUCACGUCCGAGUGCAUGCAGCUCCUGCGGCUUAUAUCCGAGCACUACGUGGGCGUGUUCUCAUCCAUGGAGUACGUCUUCCUGUUCCAGUUCGUGUACGCGGCCUACAGGCCCAUGGCGACUGCUGCGGGCGAGCUCAUCUGUAAGAGGCUCCUGGCCCCUCCGCCCCAAGAAGGUGUCUUUGGUCAAAACCCUCCCGACGAGUUUGACAGAAACAUCCAGAACAUGAAGACGCUCAUCGACUUCUACCUGCAGGGCGAGUUCCACAGACACGUCCCAUACCUGGUGGACGGCCUGUGGGACGCGGCGCCCGCCCUGGUCCGGAACUGGGAGUGCAUGACGGCCCUGCUGCUGGAGCCACGUGGCGGGCGCCAAGCGCUGACGAGCCAGCAGGAGAGAGUCCUUAUCGAGAUCCUCGUGGCCGCCGUGCGACAGGCCGCAGAGGGCCACCCCCCUGCUGGCCGCGAACUGGGCAAGAGAGCCUCCAGGGAGGUGGACGGGACCCGCCGCUGGCGUGAGCGUGCCAGCAUGAGCCGACACUUUGUGAAGGUGCUGCCCCAGCUGCUGUCCAAGUUUGCCGCGGACAAGGAGAAGGUGACGCCCCUCCUGCAGAUCCCGCAGUACUGCAACCUGGACGUGUAUGACAAGGACGGCCUGGGCUCGUACCUCGACUCGGCCCUGCUGGAGCUGGACUGCCUCGUGCAGCGGCACUCGGACGUGGCGGUGCUGGAGGCCUGUGCCCGCGCCUACGGCGCCUACUGCUGCGAGGGGGGCUCCGCCCACUGCCAGGCCGCCCCCGCCUGCAGCCGGCUGGUGGACAUGCUGGUGGACGCGCUGACGCCGCUGCUCGACGUGUUCCUCCAACACGAGAAACAAGGCCAGUUCCUGGGACACCACGAGAUGGGUCGCAUCUGCUCGACGCUGCGGAGGCUGGUGGCCUUCUACAGCACGCACGACCUGAGCAGCUGGAACCUGUACGAGAAGAUGGACAGUCUGCUGACCCUGCGCAGGCACCAGGGCAGCAUGCCCACCGAGGUCAUCCACUGUGCGCUGCAGUGCACCUACUAUGCGCUCCUGUGGCAGAUCGUUGCAGCCACGGACCGGCUGCCGCCUCAGGACGCGCUCCUGGACUUGCGGAGGCGGCUGAUGAAGUUCUGCGUGGCCUGCCGCGUGUACCUGAGCCACCAGAGCAAGGUGCUGAGUGAGAAGGCCUUCAUCCUGCUGUGCGACCUGCUGCUCAUCCUGAGCCACCAGGGGCCCGAGGACACCGGCCUGGGGCUGCUCUUCUUCGUGCCCGACCACAUCCUGCAGGGCAAGCUGCUGAGCUUCGUCAGGGAGCACGUGUUUCUGGAGGAGUCGGGGUCUGAAGGCCCCAGCAGGAUCUACAAGGAGGACGACGCGGACGAGCUCCACGAGCUGUUCCACCGGAGGAACAUGCUGGCCGUGUUCUGCAAGCUUGUCGUCUACAACGUGCUGGACUUGAGCGCGGCCGCCGAAAUCUACCAGUUCUACCUGAAGCAUUACCAUCACUUUGGUGACAUCAUCAAGGAGACCAUGACCAGGACGAGACAGAACGACAGGCUUCGCAACGCGCUGUCCCUGCUCCUGUGCCUGCAGCAGCUCUUUCAGAAGCACAUGGACACGUACGGUCUUAACUACGACCCCAUCGAGUUAAUCUGCGGCCCCUUCUACUCCAUCCGGCUGCUGGCUCGCCGCUUUGCGCUCACGCUCGGCUUUGACCGCGCCCGGGAAGCCGCCCACCUGAUCCAGAGGCGCGGGCUGGCCUACGCCUUCUCCGAAGCCCCGGUGGCAGAAGCGGAGGGGGGCCGCCAGCGCUACCCAAACCUCUGUUUCCUGCUCCUGCUGGCCGAGUUCUCCUGCAAGAUCCCCCCGGCCGAGCGCGGGACCGCACUCGCUCACUUCCAGGACUCCAUACCCGAGGGCGUACCUAGCUUUGGGGAAGGGGAUAUGAACCCCCUGCUCGUGUACCGCAAGUCCCUGAUGAAGACGGACUACGUGCCCCAGACCGAGGAGGAGGAGGAGCCGGCCGCCAACCCGUUCGAUGCCAUCUGCAAAGAGAGCAAGCGGCCGCAAGAGCUGCCCGCAGCCACCUGCUCCACCUGGACACCAGACACCUUGGCCAGCUCCUCCGCGGGGGACCGAGAGCCGAGGACCCCGUCCAGGGGCCGCAAGUCCAAGCGGGACAUCUUUGACGUUGACUUCCUGUCGUCAGAGGAUUCGGACAACUCUUCCAACGAAGACGUGGAUGUGGAGGGCAUCUCUGUGCAGGGAGGAUCCGACUGAAGAGGAAACCCCCCACCCCGUGAGGAGCUCCCCCUCCGUUGCUGUGUUGUCCCCUGUGGCCACCCACUCCUGGGGUCGGGGAGCCGGUGGCCUCCGCGUUCGGCCGACCCAGGCCCUCCAGGUCUCUAGGCAAUGACCGCGACCCCUGCCAUCUGCACCUGUGGAUCCGAACCCCUUCUGUGGGGAGAGGGCUGUGUGACUGCUGACCGGGACCUUGGGAUGCCCACCCAGGUGCCUACCGGCUGGCAGCUUUUUCUCCGGGCGACUGCUGUGCUUGGCUGGACGGUUCCAGAACCAGCUGUGUUCUCCGCCAUGGAGCAUGGUGCUGGGUCCCUCGUCCUCGCGGUCCCACGUGCGGUGGCUCUGGGUGGGCCGCCGGCUGUUCCUGUCACAGCCCAGGGCCUCGCUGUCGGGCAUUUUGUGACGUCUGGCGCUGUGGGCCAGCUGCGGGGCAGGGAGGGCCCCGGGGAGUCUGCAGUCUGGUAAGCACGGGGACGCUCUAGACAGACUGGCUGCGCGGACCUGAGGCAGGGGCCUGGGCUGGAUGCUUUUGGGCCACCCUCCCCCGGACAUGCAGGGUGGGGCCUUCUGCCCUUCAAAUCUCGUGUUGGUGCCAAACCACAGACCCUUCUCGGCCCCUGUGUAGAGGGGGACGGCCCCCCACGCAUCCCGCACGGAGAACCAGCCCCCCCCCCCCCACCCCCCGCGCGUGUGCGUCGGACCCUAGCCUGGGGGUUGGCUGCCUGGGUGGGACGUCUCGUCCCCCCACUCCUCCGGUCCCGUCCCCUCUCCUCCAUUCCGUCCCAGUCCUGUCCCCAGGACUUGGGAAGCUGCUGUAGGAAAGCGCUGCCCCCCCCCCCCCCCCCCCGGCCGUGGGGUCGGAGCACGGGCGCCUCGCCUGCAGGCCUUGUGGGGACGGCCAUCUGCUGGACGCUCCAGGCCCAGGGCCUGUGACCCUCGGCCGGGCCUCCCAUCCCCAGAGCCGUCCGUGCCAGACGGAGUCUCCCUCGUGACACUGCCCUGUGCCCCCAGUAGCGUCACUGCCUGGUGUCUGUGUUCUCUGUGACCUUUGUGUGCUGUGUCUGUGUUGUGGGCUGGGCGAGCUGGGCCCGGCACGGAGAGUCUGUAACUUCUUUAUUUGAAAAUACAAACGUGAUCUCGUAAAACGUUUUUAAAUCGCUAUACACACCAAAUAAAAGUUAACUUUA